UUCUGAUUGCAAGUUAAUCCUAGAUAAAACGAGAACAAGAAAAAAGCAAGCCCGGAAUUACUAAUGCUUUAAUUAACGUAUGAUCACACCCUGGCAGUUCAUUCUUGAUAGAAAUAUAUAAAAUAAGAUGCAUGAGAACUCACUUGUAUUUUACAGCUUGUACAGCUACCAAGAAGAUAUAACGACUAGAAAAAAAAACUUUGUUUAUAACUGUAUCACUACAAUGAUUCCUGCUAAAGUAAUUUUGUUUUGUAUGGUAUGUUUAUUAGUAUGCGCAGCAAAGGAAAAAAAGUGCAAUAUAUCUCUUUAUUGCGAGCCAAUUGAGUGUGAAGAUCUACGCGAUUGUUGCUAUUCUUGUGAAGGAGAUAUCGAAUGCGUAGUUAAAAAAUGUAAGCCGUGUUCAAAUAAGUUGGAUGCAAGUAACGAAAAUGGAGCAUGGAACAUGUGAAGUCGUUUGAUUUUGUGGUGCAACAGUUUCUAAUUAUCCAUGUUUUGUUUACCAUUUCACUAUCUAUGUUAAAUUAAAAUACUCUAUGAAACACAAAUUUUGUUUUUAUCUUGUUGUUUGGUUAACUUCAAUACAAUGUUACUAACGUGUUGGUGACAGCAAUUUUAGAUUUUUAUUUAUAAAACUAGUACGGUGGCUACACUUACCGAACUUAAACGCAACAAUAACUGUGUGAACUUGGCCUGAAGAAAAUCAUUGUCAGUGAAGGGAGAUUAACCUGUGAGUUAAACAAGAGUACAGGUAUGCGAACUUUAUUGAUUUCAUAGGUUGCAAGGAAUAAACAUAAUCUACUUGAAAUGCAAAUUAUGAAUGGUAAUAUCUUAAAAUCACAGAAGGCCUGCAAUAAGUUUAUCUAGAUAACAUCCACACCUUUUUAACAAAAGUCAAUAAUUUUAAGAUUUUGAAAAAAAGAAUUUUAGGAAACAAAACGCUUAUCAUGAGAAGUAUUAGAAGCACUUUCUCUCUUUUGAAGAAGUAAACAGUGAGAGAUGUUGCAAGAAAUGAAACCGCGGGUUGUCGGCUAAUCUCUAUAAUAAAAGCCGUAUUCCGUCUGUCUUUCUCUGCGCGGACCCCCGCUGAGUUAGAAAAUGAUGUUACGGAAACACGAAUAUCAAAUGCGAUAUAUUUUUAUCCACUUUGUUGCGACGGGUAAAUUUAAAGGAGGGGCGAACCCGUGGAUUUUUCCACGGGCAACGACUAGUCUUUUUAAUAAUAGCCGUAUUCCGUCUCUGUCUGUCCGAAAGUCACGUCC